GGGCUCAAGAAAUAUCCAUCAGCUCCAUUCAGUCUCAGUCGCUUCCCUCAUUUCACAAUGUCACAUCGUGUUUGGUGCUACCUGUCUCUGUGGCUGGUCCUGUCUCUGCUCACUAUUCGAGCCCGUGCAGAGUUCUACUCGUCUGUGGACAGCAUGCAGGACCUGGGCCAACUGGAGUUGGAGCUGCUGAAUGCCACGCGUUCCUAUCUGAAGGCCCAGCAGCAACAGAUCAAUUUAUUCCGCAAAUUUGUAGAGCAGCUGAAGCAGGAACAUGACAUGGCCAUGGAUCUGACAAAUCUCGAUGACUAUCUGGGGCAUCCACUGCACGCCUUCAGGCUGAUUAAGCGACUGGUCUACGAUUGGGAUGCCUUGCACGCUCCGUUGGUGGAAAACAAACCAAGAGAAGACUAUCGCCAGGUGGUCGAUAACCUGUCCAAAGAAGUGGGCUUUCCCGAUCUGUCGGAGCUCCAGGGUGCCGUCAAGGGCGUGGCUCGACUACAGAGGGUCUACAAUUUCACCGCUUCGGACCUGGCGGAUGGCAUCAUCAACGGCUACUUCUACGACUCCGCAAUGGAUUGGCGAGAGUGCUACGAGAUUGGGGUACAACUCUUCGAUUUAGGAGAAAAUCAGCGCUCUCUGGAGUGGCUCCAAGUGGCGUUCAACCUUCUCCGGAGCAAUCCAGAGACGGAUGAAGACGAUAAUUCCCAGUUCAUGGCUGACAUCAGGGAAUAUGCGGCCUUGGCAAACUUUGAGCUGGGAAAUCCCAAGCGAGCUGGCAGACUUCUAGAGAAGGUGCUGCAGGCCGAACCCACCCAUCCCGCACAGCACAUACGAAAUUAUUUGGACCACAGGGAAGGGUCACGGAUUGACCAGCAGAAGCGAGAUCCCUCAUGGUUCGCCAACUACACGAGGCUUUGUCAGGGCAAAACAUUGCCCGAGAAGGGAGACGGAAGUCCACUACGAUGCUUCCUCGAUGGCAAGAGACACGCGUACUUUACGCUCGCUCCCCUCCAGGUGGAGCAGGUGCAUCUGGAGCCCGACAUCAACGUGUAUCACGGAAUGCUGACCCUCGAUCAAAUCGAUUCCGUCUUCGUGGAGGCGGACAAGCUGCAAAUGACACGCUCCGGGGUGGCUGGAGCCGGCGGCACGCGAACCGUCCUUGACCUUCGAGUCAGCCAGCAGACGUGGCUCGACUACGCGAGUCCCAUAAUGAAAUCCAUCGCUCGCCUGGUGGCAUACAUCUCCGGAUUCGACAUGGCCGGCGCCGAGCCCAUGCAGGUGGCCAACUACGGCGUGGGCGGACAGUACGAGCCCCACCCGGACUACUUUGAGGUCAACCUACCGACUGAUUUCCAAGGAGAUCGCAUCUCCACCAGCAUGUUCUAUCUCUCUGAUGUGGAGCAGGGCGGCUACACGGUCUUCACCAAGCUGAAUGUCUUUCUGCCACCCAUCAAGGGUGCCCUGGUCAUGUGGCACAAUCUGCAUCGCUCACUGGACGUGGAUCCGCGCACCUACCAUGCCGGCUGCCCAGUGAUUGUGGGCUCCAAGCGCAUUGGAAACAUUUGGAUGCACUCGGGCCAUCAGGAGUUCCGCAGGCCAUGCAACCUCACUUCCGAUAGCUUCAAGUCCGCGGCAUAUCGGGAAUCUUAAUA